UGUAUAUUUUUUUUGGAAAUUAUAGUUGGGAAAAAUUACAGAAGUAUAAAUACACUCAGAUUGAAGCUUGAAGUUAUAUGUAAAAUUUAACACUUUUCUUUUGCGAUUUAUUGAAAGAUAAAAAAUAUUAUUUGAGUAAAAAUGUGUUGUAUGCUUUAAUAACGCAUGUAAUCUUCAAGAAUGUAAAAGUAUGUACCUACACUAAAAUGGCAAAUAUAUUUUAAUGAAAAUGCAGUGUUUUUAACAUAAAAAAAAAUAUAUUUGAAUAAGUGAAUACGUACGACUGUGAACGAUAAAUUAGAUCUUAAUACAGUUCAGGUAUAAUUAAGAGGAGUUAAUUUCAACAUUGUAAUACUUGUGGCAUAUCCGUUGUAAGAAAGACUAAAAAUACGGUGCUAAUUUUAUAAUAACUAAUGCAAUGAGCGUAAAUGCCAUCGUGGAGUACUCUGAUGUCAGUUCAGAAGAUUUUUCCGACUCUGAAGCUGGAGAAAUUAAUUCGGACCCAUCUCGAGAAAUCGAUCCUGCCGCAGUAACAAUGAAGCCGAAGGAUAAUUCUUAUUUUUCGGAUAAAAAGAACAAGGACGGGCGAUCCAUAAUACAUAUGAGUGGUCAUAAAACAGAUAACAACAUAAGCAGCGACGACGAAAAUUAUGGAAAAAAACGUAAGGAAAGUAUGGACAACUUAGCAACGCUAUCACCAAGCCACGUACGAAGGAUAAUUCUUGGUUCUCCAGUACAUAAACCAAAGCAAAACACUGUCACUAAAAUUAAUAAAAAAAUCGAAACAACUACAACUGUACCUCAACAAAAACAUAAUGACGUUGAAGCUGAAACAGAUUUAAAUGAUUUUGGCUCUAGUGAUACCUAUGAUACAGAUGAAUUAGAAGCAGAAAUAAGAAGACAAAAACGGAAAAAAGCAAAAAAAGACAAAAAGCAUAAGAGGAACAAAAAGUCCAAAAAAAGAAAAAAGAAGCGACAAAAGUCAUUUUCAAGUAUAGAAUCUUUAUCUGAUAACGGCUUUGGAAAAAUUGUCGAGAAUAGUAGAAAUUAUACUCCCCCUCCAAUUACUAGACGUUCCUUUGAAGAUUUACCUUUAAAAAGUCCUGUUCGAUCUGCAAGUGGAGUUGCUUCCUCGUAUACGCCUAUAAAAGAAAGAACUCCUUUAUCUACUGAUACUCCUCCUAGACGUCCUAAUAGCAACGCUAGUUUUUAUGCAGAUUCAGUAAAUAUAUCUUCUGUAAGUACUGGAGGUGGUACAACAUCGACAGCAGGCUGCACUUCAUCUUCGACAAUAAACACAAUGGGAGGUGGCUUACAGGUGACUGUUACAAAUCGUGGUAGUGGUAGGCAUCGCACUCCACAACGAACAAAUAAUAAAGGACGUUAUCAUGCAACAUCACCUCAUACGCCUCCUCUUUAUACAAGUUCUGGUUCGUCAAGAGAUAUCCGUGGAUCACGUUAUAUUGGCAGCCCCCCAAAAUCUAGUAGUGCUAAUAAUCACCAUUAUCAUGCUAGACACCACGUAACAUCGCAAGAUAGCAGAAAAUAUAAAGGUGUUUCUCCAGAACGCUACCAUCAUCAAGCUACAACGCCGCCACAUAAACGCCGAAAAAUGAAUGAUAGUCGUUCUGCAUCAACAAUAUAUGAACAAGGGCGGUAUAUGCACUCUAAUUCCCGAAGUACACGCAAUUUUGAAUAUGAUCGUUACUCUUGCAGUAAAGAAAAGUACACAAAACGUUUUUCGAGAAGUCCAAGCAUUGCUCGAAAUCGGCAUUCUCCUCACUCAAGUAGUUAUCGUACCAACUACAAUAAAAGCAAAUAUUUAAUUGCAUCACCAUCACCAGAACGUUCACGAUCAUCAAAGCGUGACCGCUUUUCACGUUCGCGUUCCUCUAAAAGAGAGCGUUACUCAAGAUCUCGUUCCCGCUAUUAUGAUACACCCUCACCAUCUUCAUAUCGACAUCAUAGAUCAUCUUCCCGCUAUGGCAGUAGAAGGAAACGUUCACGUUCCAAUAGCUCACGCAGUCGUUCAAAUUCUCGAUCAUCUUCUCCAACUUCUCGAGAUAUAAAACUAAAACGAAUAGAGUACAGUAAAAAAAUUAGUGAAACUAGUUUAUUUGCUGAAUUGGUGAAAGAUAAACAUAAACGUAAUAAGGCAAUACAGGAAAUUAUAGAGCGUCAAGAAGAAAACAGUAAUAGUAACGGCGCACUACUUAUCAAUGAUAAUAGCUCCUCCGUGGAUGUGAGCACUCCGACGGUAGUAGUAACAGACCAAGCUAAUACUGUAAAUACUAAGCCCAAUGGUUUAAGUAAUGUAACAGUUCCAAAACCCGUGUUAGACAUAAACAACAUUCCGAUACCGAAGAAAAAGAAUACAAAAGAGGGUACUGAUGAAAUUGAUAAUACGGUAGUACCUAAUAAUACGGUUAAAAACGAAAUGAAAUCAAAACCGAAAAGUCUUACGGCACUGCCAAUGCCACCCGGAAUAAAUGCGGCCGAUUUGGUAAACGUGCCGACACCGUCCCCACCAGAACCCUACAGCUCACCGCCAACAACGUCAAGAGCAGCGGCAAAAAAACUUUGUUCCAGUAGUAGUAAGUCUAAUAAAGGCAUAUUAAAUUUACCUAUGCCUCCAAUGGUGCCGGGUAGUGAAGAUCUGAGUGGUGAUGAAAUAAUAAAUAGUCCGGAAGAUUUCGAUGCAUUUGCAAAUGUUGUUAGUAGAAAUGAAAACGAUAGCAAUAAUACGCCAAAUAACAAUAAUACAAUUACACAAAAACGUCCCAUUAUAUUAAAUCGCAGGGACUCCAGAAAUAAUGUACGCGACUGGGGUGAACGAUGUGUAGAUGUAUUUAAAAUGAUUGCCCAGAUUGGUGAAGGAACAUAUGGACAGGUCUAUAAGGCACGUGAUAAUCACACAAAUGAAAUGGUGGCAUUAAAAAAAGUACGAUUGGAACAUGAGAAAGAAGGCUUCCCAAUUACUGCUGUACGAGAGAUAAAGAUUUUGCGUCAACUUAAUCAUCCCAAUAUUGUUAAUUUACACGAAAUUGUUACUGACAAACAAGAUGCGCUGGAGUUUCGCAAAGACAAAGGGUCGUUUUAUUUAGUUUUCGAGUAUAUGGACCACGAUUUAAUGGGACUUUUAGAAUCCGGUAUGGUUGUAUUUAACGAUGAGAAUAAUGCAAGCAUUAUGAAGCAGUUGUUAAAUGGAUUGAACUACUGCCAUAAAAAAAAUUUUUUGCAUAGGGACAUAAAAUGCUCAAAUAUAUUAAUGAAUAAUAAAGGGCAAGUGAAACUUGCAGAUUUCGGUUUGGCAAGAUUAUACAAUGCAGAUGAUCGCGAACGUCCCUAUACAAAUAAAGUUAUAACAUUAUGGUACCGACCUCCAGAGUUAUUAUUAGGUGAAGAAAGAUAUGGCCCUGCAAUUGAUGUUUGGUCUUGUGGUUGCAUUUUAGGUGAACUUUUUUUGAAGAGACCACUGUUUCAAGCUAAUGCUGAAAUGGCCCAACUUGAAACGAUUUCAAAAAUAUGUGGUACUCCUGUUCCUGCUGUAUGGCCAAAUGUUAUUAAACUGCCACUUUUUCAUACACUAAAGCAAAAGAAAAUAUACAGACGACGUUUAAGAGAAGAUUUUGAGUUUAUGCCCUCACCUGCAUUAGACUUACUUGACAAAAUGUUGGAGCUGGAUCCUGAUAGGCGUAUAACAGCAGAAGAUGCAUUAAAAUCAGUAUGGCUGAAGAAUAUAAACCCUGAUGAUAUGCCCACGCCUCAGUUGCCUACAUGGCAAGAUUGUCAUGAGCUUUGGAGUAAGAAACGACGACGACAAUUGAGAGAACAACAGGAAACUAUGCCCACAGCAAUAAGUUAUCAGCAUGCCACCCAUGCGACUGUUGCUUAGCAGCAUAUGUUCCAUAAUAAAUAGCAUAUUUUAGAAUACAAUUAUAUUUACAUAUUCUAUUAUUUUGAGUAAAAAGGUACAUAACACAUUAUAUGUACAAUCUGCUUAAAUAACAUCUUUAACUAUUACUCAUCCGUUUUAAACACAAGUAUAGAACUAUUAAUUUAUCUUUAUCUUUUA